GUAAUCAAAAACCCAUAUAACAAAUGGAUGCGGCGAAUUCAAAUCCGCAAACAAAAAGAAGAAGAAUCAAAAUGCCACAGCCUGAUGAUUCCAGACGACCCAGAAUGUUGUAUGGAAUCAACGUGAACGAUCAUAAUUGGACUAAUAAACUCAGCGAAUGCCCUGUUUUUCGACCUUCAAGGCAGGAUUUCGAGGACCCUUUUGCUUAUUUAAACAAGAUUUCUCCUAAAGCCUCAAAUUAUGGGAUUUGUAAGAUUGUUUGUCCCCUCAAUGACAUUGUUCCUGCAAGCCUUGUUUUGAAGAGAGAAGUGCAGAAUUUCAAGUUUCAACCUUCUGUGCAGCCUCUUAAAUAUGCGACAUGGACGACAAUGGAGGACAAGAUUUCGUACUAUAAAAGAGGAAGACAGUAUAAGUACGAGGAGUUUGAGAAUAUGGCGAACCAAGUGUUUGUUGAGAACUAUUCUUCUUUGGCUUGUCUUUCUUGUAAGAUGUUCGAAAGGGAAUUUUGGCAAGAAAUGGCUUGGGGUAUUCAUGACUCUGUUGAAUAUGGUGUCGAUGUUGAGGGUAGUGCGUUUUCCAAAUCCGAUGAACUCGGACAAAGCAAAUGGAAUUUGAAGAAACUUCCCCGUCUAUCCGAAUCAAUAUUACGUCAUCUUGAAGAGGAAAUCCCUGGCAUUACACAUCCAAUGUUGUAUAUUGGGAUGGUGUGUAGUACGUUUGCUUGGCAUGUAGAAGAUCAUUAUUUAUACAGUAUAAAUUAUCUUCACUCUGGUGCACCGAAAACUUGGUACGCAGUUCCCGGGAGCCAAGCAAAUGACUUCGAGAAAGUAGCAUAUGAUGAGGUGUAUUUGGAUGAUGUGCUGCCAAGCUAUGAUGUUGAUGGGGCCGCGCAGGUUCUUGCUGAAAAAACAACCAUGCUGCCUCCAUCAUUGUUCAUGAAACACGAUGUUUCAGUGUUUAAGGCUGUCCAAAUGCCUGGAGAGUUCGUGAUCACCUUCCCGAGAGCAUACCAUGCUGGAUUUAGCCAUGGUUUCAACUGUGCAGAGGCAGUGAACUUUGCUGCUGGAGAAUGGUUUCCUUAUGGCUUAAUCGCCGCAAAACGCUACUCCUUUCUCGAAAGACGACCUCUAAUUCCCUUUGAAGAACUUCUCUGCAAAGAGGCCAUCCAUAUUUGCCAAGAAAUGAUGGCAUCCCCUGGGGACUUCGUCGCUUGCACGUCUCAUUACGCCAUCAUGGCCUCCUGCAUCACCCACGUUGCUUAUUAUAGAGCCAGUCGCCGAAAGCUGGAGAAAAGAGUGUCUGGGUUUAAUCAGUGUACGAGCAGCAUCGGAACCGUCCAGUGUGGCUUCUGCACCAGAGACCGGUACUUGGCCUUCCUCAUGUGCCAUCGCUGCAAUACAUAUCCCACCUGCAUUUUUCAUGGAAUUUCUACAAACUGUACCGUAUGCGGGAUAACGCGGAGUCUGUUUUUGAGUGAGGCCAUACGUUAUGUGGAAGCUGCAGCUGAUUACUUCGAGAACAGGAAGUCUAUGCUAUCAAGUUAUUUGAUCGAAACUAUGAAAAUCCGGGAAGAAAUUCAAGGCAAGACUCUAGUUUUGGUUCGGUAUUUCGUCAAUGUAACGGGUUUUUCUAAGGUUGAUCUUUAGUAUUUUGUUUCAGAGUUGUAUGAACUUGAAGGCAAUGGUGGGGAAGACGCUUCUACUUCAGCUG